ACAGCACCGUCUAAUUUUUUGCUUUUCCUUUCAUAUUUAUUGCGUUAAAAAUUUUUUAAACAUUGAUUUCGUUUUGCCGUUUAAGGAUGUAAAUAAUUUUCUUUCAGAAUCAACGGUAAAGGAAUUCCGUUAAUUUUCUUGUUGAUAAACAAAUCGACAUGACAAUAAAAUGCGGAUACGUUUUUACAUACCGCAUACCGCACACCACUGAAAUCGACUUACGUGUCAUUUGCUCGAUAUCAGACAAUCAGCUGCUGGGACGUAGACACCUUGCAAAUACAUUGAUAAAUACCGAAUAACAAAUGCUUAAUUAAGAAAAUUAAAAUUCAAUCUCAAAAUACAGCUAUUAUUGUAACAAUUAUAGUAUUAAAAGUAUGUUUUUAACCAGAUAACUGAAAUAAGUCCACAAACAUCGGCGUUAUGUGAAAAGUUAAAUCGCAUAAAACAAACACUUCGUGCUAAGAUGUCGCAAAUAAAAUUGACAUCGUGGAUUAUACUAUUAGAUUUAGUUUUGUUAGCCCGGGGAAGUGAUUUCACUGGACUUGAUGAUACCGAAGUUGUAUUCAAGAUCAAUUGGCCAGGAAAGAGUACAGUCGAGUUUCCAGAAUUCCCAGUAAAUGCAGAGCCUUAUAUUAUAACAACAGCAAAUAAUGAAAAAUAUCAAUGUCACAUUCCUGAUACAACGCAACGAGAGAGCGAGUCUACAGAAAAUAUUCAACGUGUUGAUCCUAUGGAAUUACUGGAGCCGCUUUUUAUGCAGAGCACCUGUUCUUUUCGAUUGGAAUCUUACUGGACAUACGAAAUAUGCCACGGUCGUCACGUCCGUCAAUACCACGAAGAACGAGAAGGAACACAAGUCAAAACUCAUCAAUAUUUUCUCGGCACGUUUGACAAACAGAAGUUCAGAGUCCGAAAUACUGAAAAAUGGUUAAAGCAGGAACACAGUCAAUCUGAACCACCGGUCAAAAAAGUUGAUGGCAUAAAUAUGCCAUAUGUGGAGGUUGAAAUGACUGACGGAACCAUGUGUGACUUGAGCAACAAACCAAGAUCGAUAAAACUUCUUUACAUCUGUUACGAGCAUGGGAAACAUGAAAUUUUAUCGCUGGAAGAAACUUCCACUUGCGAAUACGAAGCAGUUGUGCUCUCACCAUUAAUAUGCGCUCAUCCGGAUUACAAAACACGAGGAAUGGGUGAAAACGAAAUAAAUUGUUUGCCCCUCGAAGGUUCACCAAGAAAACCGCAUUCACUCCUCGCUCUUGAAGUUGAAAGUCUCAAAUUCAGGCACCAAAAAGUCGCGGACGAGAAGGCACACAAAGUCCAUGCAAUCUUGCAUGUAGACAAGGAGGGUCAGGAUGGCGAAGCUCGAGUUCGUGUAGAAAUACACCCGGUCGAUAUCCUGGAGAAGCACAACAUUGACGAAUCCGGAAACGCGUUGCUCGAACAGGGGCCAUCGGAUACGACUCCUGUUCUUAGUUUUCUCAGCGGUAAAAAUUGUUUACACGGGGGCAAUGGCUGGUGGAAAUACGAAUUUUGUUACGGACGCUCGGUCGUCCAAUAUCACAUCGAACGAGACGGAAGCAAAACGAUCGUCGAUCUCGGAAAAUUCGAUAGGGACAAGCACAUUCAAUGGAUCAAAGCCCAUCCCCAAAAACGACCAAAACCAUUAGCAGAGAGAAAACAACUUUCACACUUCUACAGCGAUGGUAGCAGCUGCGAUAAAACUGGAAAAUUGAGACAAACCGAGGUAAGAUUGAAGUGCAUCGAAAAUCCGACAACCAGUCCAUCAAGCGUGUCGCUAUUUCUGCUAGAGCCGAAAAUCUGCGAAUAUAUACUGGGAGUGGAAUCACCGUUGAUUUGCGAUAUUCUCCAGCACGCAGAUGAGAACGGUUUGAUGCGCGAGGACGCGGGUCUGGAGUUGGAAGAUUUUAAAUCAUCGAUGGAGCCUGCAUCGAAGAAAGAGGAUGAUUUGGACGAGAGAAUAGCGAACAGCGACGAAUUGUAAUGCAAAAAUUUCUUACAGAGUGAAUAUGAAAUUUUUUCCAUUAAUCCGAAAGCUCGAACGGAUAACACGAUUGUAAGUUAAAAUAUUGAAAAGAUUUAAAAUAGGAGGAUUGAAUAACAAAUGUUUCGAGUUAAUAAAAAAGGUGAAAAAUCGA